AUGAAUUCGUACAAAGAAUCGUCCAUCGCAGAGGGCGCGCGUGGUGUUCCUGUACAUCCCUCCAGCCCCCCUGCCCCAUCUUUUGAUGCAAUACCUCCACCGGACCCUGAGUCCCGCAUAUACAACAUCUACCAUACUGUCCUACAUCACCACUACGACGUCACCCUAGCCGACAAAACGCCGCUAUACCACGUGGAGAACUCGCUGAUCCGACCUAAAAAACCCGAUCUCACGGUCCACGCCGGCACGAACGAGAGCGGCCCCGUGGUAGCCGUGUGCAAGUUUCUGCACUUCUCCCGACAUCUGAAAGUCGGACUGGGCGAUCCCCAGAAUUUCAGCGACGUGCAGUGGGAGGAUCUCGUGUGCCAGAACUACCAGCUCACCAAGUACCGCUGGCAAAUGACGACGAGAACCCCCUAUAGAGAAACGGUCAAGCGGUCGUUUGUCUGGAAGCGCACCCAUAAUGUCGGGGUUGAGGAUAGUAAGCCCUCAGUACUGAGUUCGCGCAAUUUCAAGCUAGUGAACGAGCAGACGGGGCGCAUUGUCGCUGUGUUUACCAGCAAUAGCCUCAAGAGCUUUACCAAAUGUGGAAAACUUCAGAUCGCGGCGGAUUAUGGCCCUGAAUUCGAGUUGAUGGUCAUUCUCACCGUGCUUGCUCUGUAUGAGAAACAAAGGCGUCGCAACAAUAGCAGCAGUGGAGGGAGUGGUGGUGGUGGAGGUGGCGGUGGUUGA